CUUUUUGUAAAGCUCACUCUCACUCUCACUCUCCUCCUUUGCACAAAGAACCUCUCAUCAUCAUUAAUCUCCAGCACUCUCUCUCUCUCUCUUUCUCUCUCUCUCUCUCACACACACGUUCAAGAAUCACUCCUUGAGUUCAUUCCUGCAGCUGAAGAGCAGACUUAAUUUGAUCAAUGCAGGCAGUGAUCAGAAUGACAAUUGUUCAUACUGCUCUACUGCUCUUGCUGUCCAUGGCGUUUCUUGGCUCCGUUUUCGCAGGAGGCGAAAUGGGUCGAUAUACGUCGAUAAAGACCGAUGCAAUGGCGCUUCUCUCCUUCAAGAAGAUGAUCCAGAAGGAUCCAGAUGGAGCCCUUUCUGAUUGGCAGCUCAACAAAGAUCCAUGCACAUGGCAUGGAGUCACUUGCAGCCUUGGAAGAGUAGCAGCCCUUGAUCUUGCUCAAUCCAAUCUCGUUGGCCAAGUCUCUUUCGCUCCCUUUUCGUCGUUAGAUAUGUUAACUUCCCUCAAUCUCUCUGCUAAUGCUUUGUCUGUAAAUGCCACCACUUCUUUAGUGCAAAUCCCUUAUGGUGUAAAGCAGCUUGAGCUCUCUUUCUCAGGGAUUUUAGGCCAUAUCCCUGAGGGUUUCUUUGCGAAUUGCCCGAAUCUUGAGUAUGUAAAUCUUGCUUUCAACAACAUAACAGGUUUCCUGCCCGAAAAAUUGUUUCUGCGGAUCGAUAACUUGCAGUAUCUUGAUCUGUCCUACAACAACAUCACAGGCUCAAUAGCCAACUUGAGGAUUGAGAGCUGCAGUUCUUUGUCUCAUCUUGAUUGGUCCGGAAACCAGAUGGUGGGAUCUCUGCCAGCUUCGUUUUCGAAUUGCACGAAUCUGAAUGAGUUGAUUCUGCCUGAGAAUUUUCUGUCUGGUGAAAUCCCACCAUCUUUUGGUGCGUUGAAGAGCUUACAAAGGUUGGAUCUUUCUCACAACCAUCUCAGUGGUUGGAUCCCAUUUGAGUUGGGCAGCACAUGUAGCUCACUUGUGGAGGUCAAGUUGUCGAACAACAACCUCACGGGAACAAUCCCCGUUUCGUUCUCAUCGUGUUCUUCGCUUCAGCUUCUUGAUUUGUCGAACAACAACCUAACCGGCCCCUUCCCGGAUUCGAUCCUCAAGAAUUUAGCAUCUCUGGAGAGCAUGUUACUUAGCAGCAAUAAGAUUGAUGGAGAAUUUCCCUCUUCCAUUUCAUUCUGCAAGAAAUUGAGAGUAGUGGAUUUCAGCUCCAACAUGCUUGCUGGGAUUAUUCCACCAGAUAUAUGUCCAGGGGCAGCCUCACUUGAGGAGCUGAGAGCACCGGAUAAUUUGCUUUACGGACCGAUCCCAGCUCAGUUAUCUCAGUGUUCACAGCUCAGAGUCAUUGAUUUCAGCAUAAAUUAUAUCAAUGGCUCUAUUCCAUCAGAACUUGGGAAUCUUGAAAAUCUGGAGCAGUUGAUAGCAUGGUACAACAGCUUGGAAGGGAGCAUACCUGCAGAGUUGGGAAAAUGCAAGAAACUCAAGAAUCUCAUCCUGAACAACAAUCAUUUGAGUGGAAAAAUCCCAACAGAGUUGUUCAAUUGUGCUAAUAUAGAGUGGAUUUCUCUUACUAGCAAUAGUCUGAGUGGUGAGAUUCCAAAAGAAUUCGGGUUGUUAACGAGGCUUGCAGUUCUUCAACUAGCGAAUAAUAGCUUGAGUGGGCAGAUUCCAAAGGAGUUGGCAAACUGCAGCACUUUAGUUUGGCUGGACCUGAAUAGCAAUCAACUGAGUGGCGAAAUCCCACCUCGGCUCGGGAGGCAGCUAGGAGCAAAGGCAUUGACUGGAAUCCUCUCAGGAAACACUCUUGUGUUUGUUCGAAAUGUAGGCAACUCAUGCAGAGGAGUAGGAGGAUUACUUGAAUUCUCAGGCAUUCGUCCUGAAAGGCUGCUGCAAGUCCCAUCACUUAGAAGUUGUGAUUUUACUCGCUUGUACUCUGGUCCCGUUUUAAGUCUUUUUACCCGGUAUCAGACCUUGGAGUAUCUUGAUCUUUCCUACAAUCAGCUAAGAGGAAAAAUCCCUGAUGGAUUUGGUGAAAUGAUAGCUUUGCAAGUUAUGGUUUUGUCCCAUAACCAGUUAUCUGGUGAAAUUCCAGCUUCUUUAGGCCAGCUCAAGAAUCUUGGAGUGUUCGAUGCGUCCCAUAACAGAUUGCAGGGUCACAUUCCUGAUUCGUUUUCGAAUCUGUCUUUCUUGGUGCAAAUCGAUCUGUCCAACAAUGAACUGACAGGGCAAAUUCCAUCAAGAGGCCAGCUUAGUACACUUCCAGCCAGCCAGUAUGCAAAUAAUCCAGGCCUUUGUGGGGUUCCUCUACCCGAAUGCACAUACAAUGACAACCAGCAGAAUUCAGCAAAUCCUGGUGAAACUGGUGGAAAAGAAAGCCGAAAGGCUUCUGCUGGUUCUUGGGCUAACAGCAUUGUUAUGGGGAUACUAAUUUCUGUUGCCUCUAUCUGCAUCCUGAUCGUGUGGGCCAUUGCAAUGCGUGCUAGACGGAGAGAGGCUGAGGGAGUAAAAAUGCUUCACAGUCUACAGGCAUCUCACUCUGCCACAACGUGGAAGAUCGAGAAGGAGAAAGAGCCAUUGAGCAUAAAUGUUGCCACUUUCCAGAGGCAGUUGAGGAAGCUCAAGUUCUCACAGCUGAUUGAGGCUACAAAUGGAUUCUCAACAGCAAGCAUGAUAGGCUCAGGUGGAUUUGGUGAAGUUUUCAAGGCCACUUUGAAGGACGGAUCGAGUGUUGCAAUAAAGAAACUCAUACGGUUAAGCUGCCAGGGCGACCGGGAGUUCAUGGCUGAGAUGGAAACACUAGGAAAGAUCAAACACAAGAAUCUUGUUCCCCUCUUAGGCUAUUGCAAAAUUGGAGAGGAGAGGCUUCUAGUCUACGAAUUCAUGCAAUACGGUAGCCUUGAAGAAAUGCUACACGGUCGGCCAAGGAGUAAAGACAGACGGAUCUUGACAUGGGAAGAAAGAAAAAAGAUAGCCAGAGGUGCUGCUAAAGGCCUCUGUUUCCUUCAUCACAACUGCAUUCCCCACAUCAUACACCGCGACAUGAAGUCCAGCAACGUGCUUCUAGACAACGAAAUGGAAGCCCGUGUAUCGGAUUUUGGAAUGGCAAGGCUCAUUAGUGCUCUAGACACACACCUAAGCGUUAGCACGCUUGCAGGGACGCCAGGGUACGUGCCACCCGAGUACUACCAGAGCUUCCGCUGCACAGCAAAAGGCGAUGUUUACUCGUUUGGAGUCAUACUCUUGGAGCUCCUAACAGGGAAGAGGCCGACAGAUAAGGAAGACUUUGGCGACACAAACUUGGUGGGGUGGGUGAAGAGUAAGGUGAGAGAAGGCAAAGGCAUGGAAGUCAUAGACACGGAGCUCGUCUCCACGACAAAAGGCACAGAUGAGGACGAGGCAGAAGAGGUGAAAGAGAUGGUGAGGUACUUAGAGAUAACACUGCAAUGUGUCGACGACUUCCCAUCGAAACGGCCUAAUAUGCUGCAGGUGGUGGCAAUGCUGAGGGAACUGGCGCCAGGGGGUGGCAGUGGAGGCAACAGUGCUUGAAGUUGCUGUUGUUUUCUUGAUUUUGGAUAGUUCAUGUGGAGAAAUGUAGUAUUUGCCAAGGAAGUUUUAUGGCAGAUGUAUGUUUUUGUGAUGAUUUUCUUCCCUCAGAAACAUUGAAUUGAAUGUUUUUGGAUGAGUAUGUUAUUAUGUAUUGUUAAUAACAUCAAGAUCAUGGUAAGUGUUUACAAGAA